ACAGCAAUAUGGAUUUUGGAGGAAAGAGGCAGAAAACUUCCAAAUCGUUAAAGACUGGAGUCAGUGGAGAAAAACAUCGCCUUCAGUUUUAUAAAUUACCACCAAAAGAAACAAUUUCUCUCCAAGAAUUCGAAGAAUUUGCGAUAGAGAGGUUAAAAGUUCUCAAAGCAAUUGAAAAUGCUGGUAUUAGAUAUAUGCGUGGGUCGGACGACUACAAUACCUUGGUGGAGAAAGAGAUAAAGAAGACCAAACUAAGCAGAAUUACAAGGACAGAUUUCUCUGGAGAGGAUGUAGAAUACAGAAUGGACCACAUUUCACACUUCAUAUUGAGACUUGCCUAUUGCAGAUCGGAAGACUUAAAGCGAUGGUUUCUGCAGCAGGAAUUAGAUUUAUUCCGAUACAGAUUUAUGAAAGAGACUGCAGAUGGAAAACAGAAAUUUCUCCAAGCCAACAGUCUGGAUUAUAACCCAAUCUCUGAGCAGGAGAAAAACAAAGUGUUACAAGAUCUGAUAGCAUCUGCAGGGAAGAAUUCUGGCACAGCUGAUACAGUGGAAUAUUUCAAGGUUCCAUUUACUGAAGUGUUGGAUCUUGUUCGUGGUCGGAAGGUCUUUCUUUGUAAAGGAUUUGCUUACGUUCCCAAAGAUGACAUGAUUUCCAUCUUAAUCACUCAUUACAGAGCGCAUCUUUCACAACAACUAGCAUUAACCUCGCGAGCUUUACCACAGUUAGAGGAAGAUAAUCGCCUCCUCCCAAUGUUGUCAGGGCUCAGUAAGAGGUAUCUAGGACAGGACUACGGCUCUAAAAAGUCAAACAUUGGCAAAAUCACUGCUGAAAUGAUUGAUUCAUUAUCAAAGCAGUCAUUUCCUCCAUGCAUGCAGAAUCUCCACCAGGCUCUGAAGAGGGAUCACCAUCUAAAACAUGGGGGGAGAAUGCAGUAUGGUCUCUUUCUGAAGGGGAUUGGGCUUUCCUUGGAGGAGGCCCUUCGAUUUUGGAAAAUGGAAUUCACAAAAAUCAUGGAUGGAGAAAAGUUUGACAAACAGUAUUCAUACAAUAUCAGACAUAACUAUGGUAAGGAGGGAAAGAGAGCUGACUAUACCCCCUACAGCUGUAACAAGAUCAUCAUGUCAAAUGCACCAGGUCCUGGUGAUAAUCAUGGGUGUCCAUUCAGACAUACAGAUGCUGAUUUGCUGGCUCAGAAACUCCGACUGCAGGGAAUCAACAAGGAUUUCACUGAGAAGAUAAUGAAGUUCACGCGUGAGGGACACUACCAGAUUGCCUGUAAGUGGUAUUUUGAUGCUACACACUCGGGGACGGAUGACCCAGACACUACCAUUAAUCAUCCUAACCAGUACUUUGAUGAAAGUCAGGCCUUCCAUUCAGGCAAAAAAGAGGGUAAAGUAAUAAACACACCAUCAAGAGCAGGAAGUCAAAGGUCAAGUCAGGGGACACCAAUGUCACAGCCAUCCCAGAGUUCUCAGCCAGUAUCCCAGAAUCCAAUAGAAGAUGAUGAAAUGAUGGAUGAUGAUAAUUAUAUGGCAGCCAUGGAGACUGUAUAACAAUAGUGGAUGUUUUUUCUUCACUCAGAAAAAAAUGAGUACUUCAUGAGUUUUUCAUGAGAUGUGUCUAAAUGAUGAGAUAUGAAAUCAUUACAAAUUGUAUAAAUAUUUAUUCUGUAUGAAAAAGAUUGCAAUAAUAA